AAAACAAGUGAUGGUUUUGUAAAAGAGCGAUUCCAGAUUGAUCUAAAGAGUUUAGAUAGCGAAUUGGAGAGGCAUCUUAAUAAGGUAUGGACUAUGGAACAAGAAAGAAAGCUAUGAUGUGGUAUCUCACUGCGUCAUGCUGCCGUAGAACCGAUUUUUACUGCCGUGACCACACCAUCAGGACUAAGUGCGGCUACUUCAAGAAGGUUAGGCAUAUGGGAGAUCGAACCCCCUCUAAGCUCAUUAUCAGAGUGUGUAAUUGCACGUGGUUCCUUUGGCAUCGUUCACCGUGGCAUUUAUGAUGGCCAGGAUGUUGCCGUUAAGUUGCUUGACUGGGGCGAAGAGGGCCAGAGGACAGAAGCUGAGAUUGCCUCGCUAAGAGCAGCUUUUAUAAAAGAAGUUGCUGUUUGGCAUAAACUUGAUCAUCCUAAUGUUACUAAGUUUAUUGGGGCAACCAUGGGCUCAUCAGAGCUGCAGAUACAAACUGAAACUGGCCACAUUGGCAUGCCAAGUAAUAUUUGCUGUGUUGUUGUGGAGUAUCUUCCUGGAGGUGCCCUAAAAUCUUACCUUAUAAAGAACAGAAGAAGAAAGCUAGCGUUCAAAGUAGUUGUUGAGUUGGCUCUUGAUCUUGCUAGAGGGUUAAGUUACCUUCACUCGCAGAAGAUUGUUCACAGAGAUGUAAAGACAGAAAACAUGCUAUUGAACAAGAAUCGCACUGUAAAAAUUGCAGACUUUGGAGUUGCUCGAGUUGAGGCUUCAAAUCCCAAUGACAUGACUGGGGAGACAGGAACACUUGGCUAUAUGGCUCCUGAGGUUCUCAAUGGCAAUCCAUAUAAUAGGAAAUGUGAUGUGUAUAGUUUUGGCAUCUGUCUAUGGGAGAUAUACUGUUGUGACAUGCCAUAUCCUGACCUUAGUUUCUCAGAAAUCACUUCAGCCGUUGUCCGACAGAAUUUGAGACCAGAGAUACCAAGGUGUUGCCCAAGCUCUUUAGCGAAUGUAAUGAAGCGAUGCUGGGAUGCUAAUCCGGACAAGCGCCCUGAAAUGGAUGAAGUUGUUUCCAUGCUAGAGGCCAUUGACAUUUCGAAAGGUGGGGGUAUGAUCCCUGCCGAUCAACAGACCGGUUGUCUGUGUUUCCGAAGGUAUCGAGGACCAUGAAAAUUUUCUUCCUCUGGGCAUA